CAGCCCUGAUAGCAUACCAUGUUUUCUUGCACCAUGGUAUUUAAGUUUUCGUGAUCUGUAAAAUAGGAUCAGAGUGCAGUUCUUUGGUGCCCGGAUCACUUAAAAUAAUAAAUUGAAAAAUAGAGAUGUCUGAAGGAAUACGUUCACCCACAUCAGCCAAAGUUGUAGCAUGGUUAUACAUAAUUUUGUCUAUCUUUUAUUUAGUAUACAAUAUCAUACAGCUAAAUCAAUUAGAAAAUUCAAGCAAAACUUCAGAUGUUCAAAAUCCACAAUUUGACGAGGAACUUCGUAUAAUGGUAAUACUCAAUAUUGUUGGAUGUGCUCUUCAAUUUGUAUUUAGUUUGUUAAUUUUAAUUGGCCUAAAAAAAAAUUCUCGCUACUGUUUGCUACCCUGGCUAAUACUACAUUCUUUAUCUGUAGUAUAUGCUUGUAAAUUUGCUGCAUGGUCCGUGGUAUUAUUAAACAUUCCAUUAUUUGUUGAAUACGCCUUUUUAGCAGGUCUUUCAGUUACAGGAUUGUUUAUUGUAAACAGUAAUUUUAAAAGAAUGGGUUCCAUUUCUAGAAAUCCGGAGGCAAAAGUUUAAUUAAUAUUAGUUUAAAUAACAUAGUGUCAUAUCAAAACUGUUACAAUAAUGUCAUUUUUAGACAAAAAUAAAC